AUGUCAGAUUCAGAAGGAGAAGAUGAUGGAAACCUUGACUUGACAACUACAGAGUCAUUGGAGCCAAAGCUACAAGCAUUACUACAGACAUUCAUUGCAAGACGAAUCAUUGAACAUAAUACAUUAGCAGCAAUUAUGGAGGUUAUAAAGAUACAUUACAGAGAUAAUAGUGGCACUAUUGAAGAUUAUAUACACUCGAUCAACUCGAUGAUCAUGCAAGUGAAUAUGCAGAUCAAGAAUAUGAGAACAGAAUCAAAGCAUUACUAUUGUCUUACCAAUCUGAAGGCAGAUGAGUCGUCAAAGUUGACGACAAAGUACAAUGCAACAGAGACAACAUACUUCAAGGCAUUGAUCGAAGAGAUGAUACAGAAAGGUGGUGAGCUCAAGAACUCACAUUGCCUCGAUCUGCACUUACAGGGCCAGACAAAGACUAAAGCCGAGGAGGCAUUGCAGAAAUUCAAGGAUGACGGUUGGAUCACCGACUCGACCAACAACACCAGCAAGACUCUGACGCCGAGGGCUUUGAUGGACCUGGCGCCCAUCCUCACCGAGUUACCCGAGUGUUUCUUGUGUCAUCAGCGUGUGCUGACAGUCAACGGACACAUUGAGGCAUGCGCCAACUCGGAAUCAUGUACAGUCACUCUACAUCAACAUUGCUCGGCUCAAUACUUCAAGAAGGCGACAAACUGUCCGUCAUGUAAACAACGAUUCAAAUAA